AUGCUUCGCAACCGACCAUCAAGAGUCCCUCUUGGUAUGACUGAUGUCAAACAGAUGGACCAACGCCUAAGGCUCAAGCAGGCCUCGCAUCCGCUUGUUGCACAGGCUGAUCGUACUCAUGUCCAUCACCAACAACCGCACAUCCGCUAUCCGCCACAGCCCCAUUACAACCUCCGUGAAGGUCCUCGAAGAUCGAGAGAUGCAAGCCUUGUUCAGCUUGAUUCAAAUCGCCAUGUUCCGCAGUCUGCCGUUCACGAUUCAAUCGACUCCAUCGAAGACAGUGAUUCUGAUGAGACUGCAUCUGCAACAAUUGAAUCCGUCGCUCGUCUUGUUCAUAUAGCAGAGGUCAGCCCCACCAUCACUCAAGUCCCUGGCUACGACCCGCCGGCUCUGGUAACUCUUCCUUCUGAGAGAUCACCAAUACAUGACAGCCACUACCCUGGUGCCAUCAGAGGUAAUCCUCGAGAUCUGAGUACUUCUCCUGUACCUCCCAGAUAUCGUCAUCACGGCCGUUCUAUAAUCAGCCCCGAUACUCGCUCAGGCCAUUCGUAUUUCCGCCAGGACAUCAACCAUCCCUAUCAAAGGAACAGUGGCCAUAGUGGACGAUAUCUCUCUUCACGAGGUCAUAACCCUCACGCCGUCGCGUUCGCGCCUCGUGUACGUUUCGACUCGGCUCUUCAGGAACUCUCUCCCCACCACAGUUCCAACUUGGCCUCUCUUGACCGACGCGGAGGAACGCUCAGGGCAAGACGGUCUUCUUCCCGAAUCUCCAAUUCUAGCCGUGGUGAGCCGAACCACCAGACUAGGUCUAGGCCCAUGUCCCGUUCCAGAGGCCCUAUGACCAGAGGCCCUCGUCGUACUGGUGCAAACCUCAGGCCACCAGCUGCAUCGUCGAUAGACACGGUCAUGGACCGUUACCCGAUUUUUCCUUCAAUGUCGUCCCAGCCCGACCCUUCAAGAUCUGAUUAUCUGUCCUUUCCACAAUCUGAAAGUAUACCUCAAAGAAGAGGCAUACCCAAUUCACCCUCAGAUCUCAUUGUCACCCGUAUGCCGCACCCACGGUUCCGGUUUCCUUCGGCUGCGGAGUCUUAUAACUCAGGACGCUCUCGAGCUUCAAGUAACAGUCUUUCGACUACAAACAUGAUCGCCGCUCUUGAUAAUGCCUCGAGACAUGACUCUCUUGGUUCUAAAUCUUGGGACGAGCGACAAGGCCUUCGUCUAGGCAUUGUACGCUCCUCUUGUGCGGGAAGCUCGACUUCAUUACUCCCUGGAGGUAAUGUAUCCAAGCGUGAUGGUGGGCUUCCUCCGACGCACUCACCCUUAGACCGAUUGACCCAAGAGUUGCAGCGUCUGUCGACAGGACUGGCAGCAGGAUCACGGUCUUCAUCAAGUUUCUCGCGUGUGGCAUCUAGAGAGGGACACCUGUUAAGCGGCAAUGUAUUCUACUCGGACAAUGAUGAUGACGAGACAAAGGAGAGAAAUGCCGGGAUUUGUGAACGUCCUAGUCGUCACGAUCUGUCGGAGGUCAAAGGGCACAACAUGGACAGGCAAGAUCACGAGUCAUCUCGUCAGCCUCAGCGUCCCCAGCGUGAUCUAGGCAUAACAGCACGGAUUGUGGAUGUUGAGGUCGACUGUCAGAGUGCAACAAUUCGGCCACUCUCAGUGUCACCCUCAAGCCAAUCUCUGAGCUCAACUUCUAGAAUUGAUACCUCUGUAAUGGACAGUUCGCCGCCAGGAACCUUGCCUGCUAUCCCCCCGGUCACACCCGGCCGACCACAGGCGCGGUACAUGAGAGCUCCGUCUACGUCUUGUUCCAAUCUUCGACCACUGACAACUCCGAGGGUCAGAGUUUAUGAUGAUGGCCAACCAGCUAGUAUGCAACCGCAAACACCAGCAGACCUUCAUCAUCGUUUCCGAACACCAAUACCUACCACGUCUGCCAAUCCUGCAGUGUGUCAGAUCGCGCGUCCGUUCGCAAGGAUUCAGCCUGUGGAACAAUCUCCACCCAUGACGACUCGCAACGCUCAUCGAAAUACAUACCCUUCCUUUCAGCAGGCAAAUCCAGAGCCACCUGCGUCGAACUCGCAGCCAUCUAGUCCCUACUCCCCCAAUCUCGAUCUGAGGACUGCUGCGGCUAUCACCGCGGUCGAAAGAAGACGAAUAGCUCGAGCAUUCUCCGAUGAGAACGUGAUUGAUACGAGCAUCAAUGGUAUGGAAGCUGAGAGGGAGGCAUUGCUGAGACGUAGAGGAGACGACAGUACAAACAUUCUUGAUGAGACACCUCCACGUCAGGGCAGGUAUGAACGUAUCAUAUCGUGA